AUGAGGCCACCGGUGCUAGUGGUGAACGUGGCCAGCAAUUGUGGCCUAACCGACACCAACUAUCGGCAACUGCAAGCCUUGUACGCCCAGUACGACCCCGAAGGGUUACGAACCGGUACUAAUACCCAGAUCAAAGAGUUUGCCCACAAGUAUAAUGUGAUGUUCGAUAUGAUGGCCAAGAUUAAAGUGAAUGUUACCGUAAUGAAAGUGAUGACGCCCACCCCUGUACAAGUGGCUAAAAGAAAAACAAAGUGGUUAUCUCGGUUCGAUGGAAUCAAGUGGAAUUUCACCAAGUUCUUAAUUGACCAGAAAGGGAUCCCCAUUAAACGCUAUGCGCCCACCAUUUCGUUGAAUGACAUCGAGUCCGACAUUAAGUCCCUGUUAUAUAAGGAGUUGUUAUAAAUACGCGUACGAAAUGCCAAAACACGUCUCAUAAAUUUUUUUAAUUAC